AUGGCUGGCGUAGUUGCAAAAGUGCCGUCGAUGAUUUCUUCGGCCCUUACACAAGCUAAGCCUAAAUUCAACAUUUUCAUGAAAUAUGCCAGAGUUGAAUUAGCACCGCCUAAAUUGAACGAGAUUCCUCAGAUCAAGGCCGGAAUUGGAAAACUGCUAACUAGCUUUAAAAGCGGAGCGUGGAAACAGCAGACAGUAAAACAAGCUACACUGAACACACUGGUUGGUGCUGAAGUUAUUUUCUGGUUCUAUGUUGGUGAAUGUAUUGGAAAACGCCACUUCGUCGGCUACGACGUA